GCAGCAGCAGCAGGUCUCAGCUAUGUUGGGGGAUAUGUCAUUAACACCUACAAGAGCUACGACAACUUCUUGCAGGACAAGUAUGCUCUUCUGCCAGCCGUCAUCAUUAUUUGCGUUGCUGUGGUAAUGUUCAUCAUCGGGUUGAUUGGCUGCUGUGCCACCUUCCGGGAGUCUCGAGUUGGCCUAGGGCUGUUCUUGGCCAUUAUCCUGGUUAUCUUUAUUGCGGAAGUAUCUGCUUUUGUCCUGGGAUUUGUUUAUAGGGAAAAGGUAAAAACUGAUGUGCAAGGCACAAUGCACUCAGUCUUUGAGAAGUAUGAUGGGAAAAAUCCAGAGUCUACUGUUGUGGAU